UGAUAUGAGCAGAAAUUUUAAAAAUAAAUCUAGUAGCAAUUAAAAUUAAAAAUCAAAAAUGAAUUUUUUUAUAUUAAAUUUAUUAAUAAUUUUUUUUGUAAUUAACAAUGGUGUUUCUAAAAAAAUAAUAAAAAUUGGUGCAAUAUUUGAUACUAAUGAAUUGGAUCUACUUAAUGAGUUUAAAAUAAUAAUUGAAGAUUUUAAUGAAAAAUCUAACGAGAUUCAACUAGUUCCAACAAUUCGUAUUGAUGAAUCAAGCAAUUAUAAUGAUUCUUUAGCUUGUGAAUUAUUUUCAAAUGGAACCGUGGCUGUUUUUGGAUCUAAUUCUAAUAAUCCCAAUGCAAUGGUAAUUGAAUCAUUGUGUAACUUAUCUGGGGUACCUUAUAUUAAAUUCGAUUCGUACAAUAUUGAUGAUUCGCCGAAGAAAAAUACCAAUGAUAUGAUAAUAAAUAUUUAUCCCAGUAUAAAAACUAUUUCAAAAGUUUACACUGACAUCUUAGGUCAUAUGAAAUGGAAGAAAUUUGCUUUGAUUUAUCAAAAUGAUGUUGGUAAUGUUAUUUAAGAAAAGUUAAGUUUAAAAGCUGAAAACUAAAAACUAUUUAUUCAGAUCUUGACAGAUUUCAAUAUGUUCUGGAAAUGUUUCCAGUUUCUAACACUGGUAUAAAAUUGUACAAAGCUGAUCCAGCAAAUAUGGAAAAUAUUUGGAAGGAUAUAAAGUAUAAUAGUAUAAAAAGAAUAAUUUUAGAUUCUAAUUUAAAUAUGACAUUAGAAAUAUUGAACAGAGCUAAAGAUUAUGGUGUCA